ACUAAUUAAAGUUGCCACUACACUGCACGGUUUGAGCAGCGGGGCUUCAGAUUAUGGCCUGUUUGGUGCCUGCCGGUAUGAUUUCCACCACAACCCUUCCGCAUUUUCCUGCUGCUCUCGGGCUGUGACGUGUCGUGCUGACGGCGGCCUCGGAGCUGGAGGAGCGGGGGGCUGCAGCGGGACAAGAUCUGGCUCCAGACGUCCUGCUUUGCUUUCAGCGGAGCUCCAGAAACAACCACAUAACCCCUCCUUCUCUGCUCCUCUCCGGCCCGCCCAAAUAACACACUAUUCCCGACUGAAUCGUGCCCGAGUCUGGGGGAACCAGGCGGCCUGGGAAGCCGAGGAGAGGACGGAGGCCAUCCCUGCAGCAAACAUCUGCUCUACAGUAACAAAUGCAGUGCGAGGACAAUGGAUGAGGAUGUCACCAGACUUGCAAUACAUUCUGAAGAGCCUAAAAUAAUCUUACACGGAUCGGAUGAGGGUGGUGCUGGCGGACAGGAGUUUGUUGUGGAGCUUCAAGAGACUGUGUUGGUGUCAGAAGGUGAGGGGGAAGCCAUGGCGGUUCACAGGUUCACCCCGGACGAGCUAGUCAUCCAGGAUGCUGUUGAGGACGUGGUUUCAGAGUAUGUACACUGUGAUGAAGAUGAAGACGUUGCUGUAGAAACCUGUGUAAUGGCCCUGGAGGGCGAGGAGGAAGGUGUUGCCAUGGGAGACAUCCCUGAAGAUGGGCUGGACCCAGAGCAACAGGACGACGACCAAGAUGGCUGUGGAGAUUAUCUAAUGAUAUCCUUGGACGAAGCUGGUAAAAUGGUGUCUGAGGAUGGGACCGAGGUAACUGUGGAGGGGGCUGUGGAGGACCAGGAAGUGGAGAAGGAUGAGGAUGGACAGGAGGUGAUAAAGGUGUACAUCUUCAAGGCGGAUUCAGGAGAGGAUGACAUGGGAGAAUCAGUUGACAUCAGCGAUGGAGACACAGAGAGUGUGGCGUUAACGGAGUCUGGAGGCCAAACGCUCAGAGAGAAGAUGGUUUACAUGUCUGUCGGGGAUUCUCAUCACAAUCAAGGAAACCAUGGUGGGUCCAAGGUGACUGAUGAGGUUUAUAUGGAGGUGGUGGUAGGAGGUGAAGAGCCAGUAACUCACGACCGCUCGUAUGACAGCGUGUCGCUAAGCAAGGACUUCAUGCCUGUGGCCUGGGCAGCUGCUUAUGGUGCAGACGACAGCGAGAGUUGUGAAAACCGAAACGGUGCAGCCAGUGCACUCCUGCACAUCGAUGAAUCGGAUGGGGUUGAUGACAUCAGUAGACAGCGCAACAAGAGCAAGAGACGGUCGGAGCCUCGUCAGGUCCAGACAGCUAUCAUCAUCGGUCCAUAUGGUCAACCCCUGACAGUUUACCCCUGCAUGCUCUGUGGUAAAAAGUUCAAAUCAAGAGGCUUCCUGAAACGCCACACGAAGAAUCAUCACCAGGAUGUCCUGACAAGGAAAAAGUACCAAUGUACAGACUGUGACUUCACCACCAACAAGAAAGCCAGCCUCCACAACCACAUGGAGGUGCACGCUCUGAGCAGCAAGGCCCCCUUCGAGUGUGAAAUGUGUGGCAAGGAGUUCCACCAGCAGGCUGCGCUGUUCUCUCACAGACUGCAGCACCACCACAGAGAGCCCAAGAGCCAGCCGCCGCCUACUCCCACCAAGAUGCAUAAAUGCAAGUUCUGUGACUAUGAAACUGCUGAGCAAGGACUGCUCAAUCGUCACUUGUUGGCUGUUCACAGUAAAAGCUUCCCUCACAUCUGUGUGGAAUGUGGAAAAGGCUUCCGACACCCCUCGGAGUUGAAGAAACACAUGCGCACACACACGGGCGAGAAGCCUUACUCCUGCUUGUACUGCGAUUACAAGUCAGCCGAUUCCUCUAAUCUCAAGACGCACAUCAAGACGAAGCAUAGCAAAGAAAUGCCAUACAAAUGUGAGCGCUGUUUCCAGACCUUUGCAGAGGAGGAGGAGUUAAUGCAGCACGGACUGACACACGAGGAGAAUAAGACCCACCAUUGUGCCCACUGUGAUCACAAAAGUUCCAACUCCAGUGACCUGAAACGCCAUAUCAUAUCCGUUCACACCAAGGACUACCCACACAAAUGCGCUGUCUGUGGUAAAGGAUUCCACCGGCCGUCUGAACUGAAGAAGCACUCAGUAUCCCACCGCACCAAGAAACUCCAUCAGUGCCGGCACUGCAACUUCAAAAUUGCAGACCCUUUUGUUCUCAGUCGCCAUAUCUUGUCUGUCCACACGAAGGAGCAACAGGCCUCUCCUGAAAAGAGUGAGGCCAAGAGGACAGAGACGCAUACUCCUGUUGUCACACCUAAAAAGUCUGCACCUAGUGGGUCCAGCAGCUCCGGCCCACCCGCUAGAGUGAGUGCAGCCAGCUUAGCCAGCAGUGUGACUGUAGUUAUUGGUAAAGGACAAAAAGAGAGGAGAAUUUAUCAGUGCCAGUACUGUGACUACAGCACUGGGGACGCGUCAGGGUUCAAGCGGCACGUGAUUUCCAUUCACACAAAAGACUAUCCUCACCGCUGCGAAAUCUGUUCGAAAGGCUUCCGACGACCCUCGGAGAAGAACCAGCAUAUCAUGCGCCACCACAAGGACGUGGUGCAGGCAGAGUGACUCUGACCGAGCCAAAUACUGUGCCACAACCAAGAACAAUGUUGAAACAACCAUCACACCCCAAUCACUGCACCCUCAGCACAACACCAGUCACAUUUCAGCAAUGUGGUGUGUGUGUGUGUGCUGCACUUAGUCUGUUCUGUUGUUUUGCUCUUUUUUUGGUCCUCAGCCUGUUUGUUCAGAAAUGUAUACACAUGUACAUAACAUUAAUGCUCUGUCAGAGUUGGCAAACAGAACCCUCCGUAGACUUGCACUUUUAACUGCAUGUCCCUUGCUGGUGACAGUGUGCAUGGCAGAUUGUGCAGACGUCUCUUUGUAGAUACACAUUUUUUAAUUUUGCAGGCAGCAAUCACAAUGGUCCUAAUUAUUUGUCUCGAAACAAAGUGUAAUUUGCUGAAACGUUUGUGUCAUUUUGUUAAAAAAAUGUACUUAACACAGCAGUAUGGAUUAGCAACCUGUUCCCAGUAGCACUUGCCAACUUGGUAAAGAUCAUGAUGAAUGCAGUAAUCAAGUCAUGUAUGGUAAUUGUGUGUGAGAGUGAGUGUGAAAGAGAGAGAGAGAGAGAGAGAGAGUGUGAGUGUGUGAGAGUGUGACAAAAAAGCAUCUGUUGUGCUUCCUGGUGCUCUGACCCCACCACUCUGUAACAUAAUGCUUUUUGUUGUGUCAACAAAACACAAGGCUGGCUGUGUACAGCACCCAGAGAAAAGAAACAAUCAUUCUUAGCUUUGUCCACAUGCAUCUACAAUGAUGAAAUUAACACACAACACACAGUACAAUAGUGGAUGUGUCAUGGUAGAGAGUUAAAGAACAGAAAUGCACCCAUACAGCGAUGUGAUCAUUACCCCACAUCAAUCCAUUAUCACACACCUGUCUGAUGUUUGUUUCAAGUCAGUAACUGUACUGUAGAUUGUUCAGAAUGAGCCCUGACUGACAGUAUUUUUAACCCAUUAAUGCUACCUGGGGAGUGAAACCCUGCUCAUCGUUCAUUCAAAUGUUUCUCAUUUUCAACACUAUCACUGAUAACAAGCAGUUCACACAGAUGGCUUCUUUGUUCAUGAUCAAACUGGUUUUUCAUAUGAAUUGACAUAAUAGAUAAAUCACAGAAAAAGUAUAAUUAUAAUUGAGUAUGAAACCAAUAUUAGUCUGGGUUUAAAAAAACAAACCUCCACAUCAGUGUCCAAAUAUGACUGUCUGGCCUAAACAGGAAUCAUACAGUCUAUCUGGUGCUGCUGUUAUGAAGCUAUGGAUGAACACUUCGUUUUCUCUAACACAGAUGUACUUUUGUCAGUAGAAAGGGAAAACGUAUGUCUUUUUUUUCUUUCUUUUAGAUGCAACUUCAGAAGACAGGUGCUGGUGGUGUACUUGUACUAUGGCUUUUUACUCUUUUUUUUCACCUGUGAUUAUUUCUGUUUUUAUAUUUAUUUCAUUUACAAGUUGUUGUAUAGUUAAGUGUAACUAGACUUCUAUGGGACGUAAAUUAUUGUUUUGUAUACAAAUCUGUACAAAGCGUGUAGAUGUAAACACUUGAUAAAAAGGAAAAUGUGUUGUUAUGGAUGUACUUCAGCGUAUUUGUUA